UAUUUAAUUUAAAAACAUUUAAAAAUCUUACAGAUGAGAUGAGACUCGGGAAUACGGAUAAGUGGCGGACAAGGAGGUUUUAGGCAGAGAGAAGGAGAAUGCUUGUUCUUCGCGCUCCCACAGGACCUGUCUCCGCCGCCAGAUUCAUCACCAAACCCAACCCUCGUAUUCCUUCUUCGGAUCCAUGGCUCGGACUCGUUCCCUCCGCUAACACUCGCCGUCGGCGACGCGUCGUCCUCACUCUCUCUAACUCUGACUCAAACGGAAGCGUCAAAUCCGCCACACCUUCUACUCCACCUACAGGAGACGACACAGUCUUCGUCGGUCAAGAGAAUGUUCCGCUCGAAGGCGUUAUUCAAUUCGAUAAACCAAAAUCAGAUGCUUCAAUCAAGAAAUGGGGCCGUGUGGCUUUACUUGCUGGUGGGGAUGUUUUGGCUUUGCUUAUCUUCUCUGCAAUUGGGAGAUUCAGCCAUGGAUUCCCUGUGCUUAGCUUCGAUACUCUUCACACAGCUGACCCUUUCAUUGCUGGAUGGUUUCUGAGUGCUUAUUUCUUGGGAGGAUAUGCGGAGGAAGGGAGAGGAAUGAAGGGUCAGUCAAAAGCUGUGCUAGCAGCCGCUAAAACUUGGGCUCUCGGUGUUCCGCUUGGGGUGAUAAUAAGGUCAACCUCGUCAGGCCACAUCCCAUCUUAUAGCUUUAUCUUGGUGACAAUGGGAAGUACUGCUGUUUUACUUAUUGGGUGGAGAGCACUUUUAUUCAGUGUGCUUCCUUCAGAGUCAAAGAAGAAAGAUGACACAUAUCGAAAAGGCAGCGCAUUCGAACUAUUUGAGUUGCUUACUUCAUUAAUAAGACGGUGGUAAUGGAGCUUCGCAUCCAUGAACAUACGGGCGGAUGGAAGUUAAUAUUCUAUAUGCAUAUAUCUCAUCCUGUCAGCAGAGGAUAGAUUUGAAAAGUUCCAGGACAACUGUAAUAUUUAUAUAUAUUUGCAGGGAGGGAUGCCAUUACUUGUGCCAAGCAAUUCUUACCUGUUGUCCCAAACAAUUUCUAUAAUGUAUGAAUACUCGAAAAGAGUCACUUAAGCA